UGAUUCGUGGGAUGAAUGGAUGAAAAUUACGGAACCCACCUGCAACAAUAGGUGGUGAUCACUGAACCAUGCUUCCUCAAAGUGAUCAUCAUACUCUGGACAACGAUCGCAACACACAUAUAUUUACAUCACUCAGUUAUGAAACAGAAAUGGUCAAUUUUAAAUCAUGAACGAUUCCAGUUUUAAGUAUUGUUUUUUCAAUUUCGUUAAUUUUUUGUAUCUAGUAUGUGGCCUCUGCUUGGUUGCUGGAAGUAUCAUCAUACUCACAGAUUCCGAAAGAAUUCUCAUCUCGAGAUUGAUACCGAUUAACAGCAAUGAACCGAUUUUAUACUACAUUUGUAUGGCUACGCUGUUGCUAGGAUUGUUGAUAUCUGUCUUGUCAACAGUAGGAUGUUGGGCUACUUACACCGAUAAUUAUUGUUUAUUUUCGAUAUACGUUUUUGGAGUAAUCGUGUUAUUACUCGGAGAAAGCGUUAUGGGCGUUGUAACCGCAAUUUGUCCGGAGUAUUUGGGUUUAAAAUUUAACAAAGAGUCGUUGUCCGAUGUAUGGCAGCGUAAUUACGGAGUACCUGGUAGAGAACAGUACACAGUAGCUAUUGAUCUGAUUCAAGUAAAGUUAGAAUGUUGCGGAGUUUCGAGUGGAAAAGAUUAUUUGAGCUCAAUAUGGCAUGCUGAAAAACUUGCAGCUCCGAAUUUAACAGUGCCAAUAUCAUGUUGCCAUCUUGACCAAAAUCAAACGAAAUCAUUCCUCGAUCCGGUUCCUUUAGAUAUCACAACAUGUCAACAACCUGAAUCAGAAAAAAUACACACGGCGAGACAUAUCGAAGGAUGUAUUAUUCCGUUAGAGAAUUGGCUUCGGGAACAAAAAACAACGAUUUUAUUAACUGCCUUGAUCAACCUGGGAAUCCAGUUGCUAAUACUUUUCGCAGUAAUAACCACUUGUAUUCGAAGUAAACCUAUGACAUACGAUUCCACCGCUAAUAAGCGAAUUUCUACAACUAAAUAUUAAUUUUUUUAUUCACAUGUUUGAUAUCAAAUUAUAAAAAUUUUAUCAUUUUUUUUUUUUAAUAAAAAAGUUUUAAACACCAAA